GUGCAACUGCAAAUAAUGGAUGUUUCGGAAUUCUACGCGUGGCUAUCCGUCCGUUUAGUUCACAGUUCGAAUCGGCCGUAAAUAAUAUAUAUAAUUUAGUGUUACGGUAACGGAACGGAAAAAAUAAGAAUUUAGAGUGCGUAUCGAAAACAAAAGCAGAGAAUCAGUGUUCUAACGAUGACGGAGCGAACAAGGCUUGCCUAAAAAAAAAGUAAACUUUAGCCAACCUGCCCGCCAAAAGCAGUAGAAGAGAAGAAGGCUAUGACGUAGAGGAAAUACGUUAAGACGAGAUUCGCACCACUGCACCACCACCAGAUACCUGGUUGCUCUCUUAAGCUCAAGUUCACUGCCAAGCGCCAACGAGAGCAAGCGAGAGAGAUAAGGGAAAGCUCAAACUGGAAAGCUCAAACGGCACCCAAAACUGUUCGAAGAGAAUCGAAAAUGAGAAACGAAUCAUCCGCCAGCGAAACAACACCGCUGCGGCGGCCCGAAAGUGAAUCGCCUGAUAACGUGGCUCAGAACCACGGACAACUGACAGUUGUUAACAAUAAUCACAGUAAUAGCAAUAAUAAUAAUAGCAACUACGGUGAUUCGGUGACAGUGCGGCUGCAGGAUAACAACGAGGACAACAACAUACAACAGCAGCAGAGCAAAGCAACAAAUAUGGACACCAACAAGCGAAUCUUGUGCCGCGUGGGCUUGGACGUUUUAAUCCUACUCUGCGUUGGCUUUCCCAUACUCCUGUUCUUCCUGCUGGGCGAGCCCUACAAGCGCGGUUUCUUCUGCGACGAUGAGUCGCUGAAGCAUCCGUUUCACGACUCCACGGUCCGGAAUUGGAUGCUAUACUUUAUUGGAGUGAUCAUACCAGUUGGCGUGAUGCUCGCCGUCGAGGUAAUAAUAUCGCAGAACAAGGCCAAGACAGAUAAUGGCAACUCGAUAGGUCGGCGAUAUGUCUUCAUGAACCGCGAACUGCCCGACUGGCUGAUCGAGUGCUACAAAAAGGUUGGCAUUUAUGCCUUCGGAGCUGUUGUUAGCCAACUGACUACGGAUAUCGCAAAAUACUCCAUCGGACGGCUGCGUCCCCAUUUCAUAGCGGUGUGCCAGCCCGUGAUGUCCGACGGCUCCACCUGCGACGAUCCCCGCAACGUGGGCAAGUACAUCGAGGAGUUCACAUGCAAGGGAGUCGGCUCGUCGGCACGCAUGCUCAAAGAGAUGCGCCUCUCCUUCCCCAGCGGCCACUCCAGCUUCACCUUCUUCGCCAUGGUCUAUCUGGCGCUGUACCUGCAGGCACGCAUGACCUGGCGGGGCUCCAAGCUGCUGCGUCACCUCCUGCAGUUCGUCUUUAUUAUGGUGGCCUGGUACACGGCUCUGAGCCGCGUUUCGGACUACAAGCACCACUGGUCGGAUGUGCUGGCAGGCUCCCUGAUUGGUUCCCUAUGUGCCUUAGUUGUGGCCAAUUUCGUUUCGGAUUUAUUUAAAAAGCCCUACAAAAAGCCCUAUUUGCCGCGUACAGCGCAGGACAUGAAUGCAACACCUUUGGCUCCCCAUCAAGGAAUUACGAUAACGUCGAACUAACACUCAGGAAAAGCACACCAUUAUUAUUACAAAUUCCAUGAGUUAUAGGCGAAGUUGAACCUUCUGCUCUCCCUUUAUUUUCGGAUAUAUUCGACAGGAUAACAAAGCCAAGCUUUGCGUGGAAUCCUUUUUAAUUUUAAAUUCCUGAAUUUGCAUUUUGUGUGCCGAAUGUAAGAGUGUUUGUGAGUGGCAAGUGCACUUCUUUUAGUGACUUUAUAGUCGUAAGCUAGAGAAAUUGAAAAGAUAUCUGUGUGAUGGUAUUUAUUUUAAUAUUUAAUUAAGAGAUUUUUAAAUUAAUGUGACGAUUUCCAACAAAACAAGUGACCUUCAAACAGAUCAGCACAACAAUAAAUAUGGAAAACAGCUGAGAGCAGAUAAAGCAAUAAGUAUUAUUCUAAAUUAAGAGCUAAGCAGUAAUAACGAAAAUAUAUUUUAAUUAAGUUUAAGAAAAUCUUUAAAUAAAUGAAUAUGUUUUAAGUUUAAUUUAAAAACAAAA